AUAGUUUCUUGUUACCUUGGUGAAUCAAAGCGAAUGGUGAUUGCCCAAUCCAAUCGUGCGGCAGUGUAACGGGGGGUGGAGUGCUGCAUGCUGUUGGCUAGCCUUUUCCAUUUAAUCGCUGGACUUGCAUUGCUCCUAUUUACCGUGCAUUACAUCUAUUACGUUGUGACGGCGCUUCAACGGUCCACCAGCAACAAUAUGCAGUCCGAGGAUGCAAAGUACAUCAAAAAGCGCUGGAAGGGGGGUACCAUCGAGCCGCACCCGACGGAAAAGGCGCUGAUCGUAAAUUAUAAACUGGAGGCUGCCGUGUUUGGUGAACCCGGAGACCCGAUGCUAGAGGACAAGAAGGAUUGUCAACGCAUCAUUCGGCUGAAAUCACUGAACUCCAAGACGGACCCAGCCGUGCUGGCGCGCGAAGUGGUGGAUAAGUGCGACCUCAUCCAUCGCUCGCAGCUGUCUGAUAUCGAGCAGAUCAUCUACUACCUGAAGAACCGAAAGAACGUCGAACAGUCCUCGGCGUCGUCUGUUGGGGUUGGAGUGGGCAGCCAGCGUUCGGUGUCGCGCGUGUCCGGCAAGGUCAGCCCGAUGAUGGAAGUGACCGAAAAGGCCUCGAUCCGAAACAUUGACGAGUAUAUUGAGCUGCUGUACGAGGAUUUGUCGGAGAAAGUGAAGGGUUCGCGGUUGAUCCUGCAGCUUGCCCGCGAUCCCGACAAUCUUGAGGAGCUGGAGAAAAAUGAGGCUGUCCUGAGUGCACUGUCUCGAGUGCUGCGUGAAGAUUGGCGCCGGUCGCUGGACCUCUCCACCAAUAUCAUCUACAUCUUUUUCUGCUUCUCCACGUACACGAGCUUCCACUCGGUGAUUGUUAACUACAAGAUCGGUUCGCUCUGCAUGGAUGUGAUCGAUUACGAGCUGCGGCGGUACGAUCAGAUGAAGCACGAUUUGGAUGCGCGCAAGAGUGGUGGCAUAGCCGCUGCCGUUGGACAGUGUGCGGGAGAGAAUGCCACAGCAGUGGCGGCGACUGAGCGGCGCGACCGCGAUAAGGAAGUGGCGACGGGCCUCCGGAGUAGCAGCGAGCAGCUGGAUACGAUCAUCGAUCAGGAGAAGCCGAAGGAUAUGGAACCGCCACGGCGACGCAUUCCGGAGCUGAAACAGCGACCAAAAUCCGGCAACUGGGGCAGCUUUCAUGCUGGCGUAGGGCUACAAGGCAAUACUGCCAUAAGCGCAUCACUCAUUAAGGCUCACUCGAUGAACAACAGCUACCACGAGGCGCUAUCGUAUGAAAGCGUUGGUAGCACCGGUGGCACUGUUGCGCCACUGAGCAACAUUAGUACCAACGCGUCAACCGAUAGUCUCAGUGGUCUGAGCGGCGGUACCGCCUCGACCCCUCAAACGCCCGGCAGCACGGACGGCGGAGCGAUGGAUCGGCCUGAUCCACGCAAGCAGAAGGACGACUACGAUAAAAUCAACAAGCAGUUCAAGCUGUUCGCCCGUAAGCAAGAGCAGCUGCUGCGCGUCGCCUUCUACCUGCUGCUCAACAUUGCCGAGAACGUGAAGCUGGAGGAGAAGAUGCGCAAGAAGCAUAUCGUGCGGAUGCUGCUGAAGGCGCUGGAGCGCCAAAACUUUGACUUGCUCGUGCUCGUUGUAACGUUCCUGAAGAAGCUGGCGAUCGUGCGGGACAAUAAGGACGAGAUGUGUGAGCUGAACAUCGUCGAGAAGCUGCCACGGCUGCUGCAAUCCCAGAAAGAUCUGGUGCAGAUGACGCUCAAGCUGCUGUUCAACCUGUCGUUCGAUGCGCGGCUGCGGGCUAAAAUGAUUCGGGUCGGCCUAUUACCAAAGCUGGUUACGUUUCUGAGUGACGACAAGCAUCACGGCAUCGUGACCAAAAUUCUAUACCACAUGAGUCUCGAUGACAAAAUCAAGUCAAUGUUUACGUACACCGACUGCGUGCCAGUCGUAGUCGACUUGCUACUGCUGAAUCUGAACCAACGUUCCGAUCCCGAUCUCAUCGCGCUCGGGAUUAAUUUAGCGCUCAAUCGACGCAACGCAGCAAUGAUGAUCGAAAAUAAUCGGCUUCACAAUCUGAUGUCCCGGGCGUUCAAGUGCCAGGACACGAUGAUCAUGAAGAUGAUACGAAACAUUUCCGUGCACGAUACGCUUCGGUUGCACUUUGUGGACUUUGUCGGCGAUUUAGCCAAAAUACUGAUCGAUUGUGGUGAUGAAGAGUUCACCGUGGAGUGUCUGGGCAUUCUUGGCAACCUGGCGCUUGCCGAUCUCGACUAUUCGCAGAUCAUCCACAACUUCAAUCUGAUACCAUUGAUCAGGAAUAUGCUAGUCCCAGGCAAAUACAAGGACGAUCUGGUGCUGGAGAUGGUGGUAUUCCUGGGAACGUGCGCCACGGACGAAUCGUGUGCUAUGCUGCUGUGUAAAGCGGACGUGAUGUUGUCACUGAUCGAGCUGCUAAAGGCGAAGCAGGAGGACGACGAGAUGGUGCUACAGAUCGUUUUCGUGUUUCAACAGGUGUUGCGCCACGAAAGUACGCGCUGCUACAUGAUCAAGGAGACGGAAUCGCCUGCCUAUCUGAUCGAUCUGAUGCAUGAUAAAAACGCUGAGAUACGGAAGGUUUGCGAUCUCUGUCUGGACAUUAUCGCAAUCACUGACAGCGAGUGGGCGUCCCGCAUCACGGUGGAAAAAUUUCGUAAUCAUAACAGCCAGUGGCUGAGCAUGGUGGACUCACAGGAAAGCGUGGAUGAUAUACAGACAUACGGGCCGAUGGAGGAUGACGAGAGUGAUCUCAAUGCGUACCUGACGUCGGACUAUCUGGAUCAGCUCUAUCACUCCGGCGCCGAGUCAAACGAUGAUGCGGAUAGCAACAAAAACCGCUCGGGCUCGGCCAUGUCCAACUACAGCCGUCCGGUGAGCCGCUAUAGUCGAAACCUGGACGAUUUGGAAACUGUCGCUUAAAUUAUGCGACCGCCUGCCGCAGGCUUGCCCAGUCGAUUUGCAAAAUACUUCGAAAUGGUAUUACCAUGGGAGCGUCUCUAUCGAGAUUGACCUAAUUCGGAAGGAUCGAAUAGAUGUGUUCCCUACGCUCCAUAAAAUUCCUUAUUUCAAGAAUGUGUCGCUUCAAGCUAGUCGCUGCUUAACAAAACCUUACAAACAGAUUGUGCGGCUGUAACGGUUUGGCUUUAAGCUUAAUUAUUACUAUGUUCUCUAUUUAAUACUUAGGUUGUCGUAUAAUUUAGUGUUAGUGGCGUAUGUACGAAUUGUGCUUGCGAAAUGCACAAACACAUGAAAAACGAUGUGCUAUAAUUCAAAAUAAAUACCCAAACUCGUUCUCAACAGCUUAUCGGAUAUUCAUAAUCGAUUGGCUCACUGUGCUCAAUAUUUCCUGAACGUAAUGUGCGACUAGCUAGAUUUGACGGAAGUAGCUGCGACAGAGACUGAUUUUUGUUUGCAAAGAAAAUACCGAUAGGGCAGCUGCUACGGGAUGCCGAGGUGAUAAUUCAUACACUUUACGCUAAGCCGUUUAUGCAUUCUCGCCGUACUCU